CCUUAAUUUAAUACUACUCCCUCACUCCCCCCAACUGUUAAAAUAAUUCCUCUCCCCCCACCCCCCUUCCCUCUCGCUCUCUCUCUCUCUUCUCGCCUCACAUAUCGCCGGCUUGUUUUCCGGCCAACAUUGGACCGGAUUCCGCCGCCAUGAAUCCCGGCGUCACCACUCUCCGCUCUAUACUGGACAAACCCCUUCACGAACUCACCGAAGAAGACAUUUCUCAGCUCACUCGUGAAGAUUGUCGCAAAUACCUCAAAGAAAAAGGAAUGCGUCGUCCUUCCUGGAACAAAUCGCAGGCGAUCCAGCAGGUUAUUUCGCUUAAAUCGUUGCUCGAAACCAGUGAGGGCAGCGGUGCCGGAGUUUUGAGGAAGAUCACCGAUUCACCGCCGGCGGAAAAUCUACCUCCGGUUACCUCCAAUUCAGCUGAUUCAGGCAAGGAGCUGAGUGCUGAUAUCCAGAUCUCAGUAUCAGCUGAUGAACUGGUUCCCCUUCCGCCAAAAGAUCAUCAUCCAGAAUCCACCCCUUCUGGCGAAUUAGCCAGCCGGCCUCCAGAGGCAGACACCAAGCAUACUUGUCCCAGAAGUCCAGGUGCAACAAAUUGUUUGGUUGGGCAGAUGACAAUUUUCUACUGUGGAAAGGUGAAUGUGUAUGAUGGAGUUCCAGAUGAUAAGGCACAAGCAAUCAUGCAUCUUGCAGCAAGCCCAUUCCAUUUGCCUUCAGAUGACCCCUUUAGUGGUGCUGCUAUGCUUUGCUCCUCUCCAUGCCAUUUGCAUACUGCCAAUGUUAAACAUGGCCAUAUUCCUCCUCGAGCCAUGGUUUCUCAGACUAUGCAAACAGAGAAAUUUACUGAAUAUUCUCAACAGUACAGAGAAGAAGUGAACUUUACCCGUGGACAUGAUGUUGAAGGUCAGGUUGACAGAAAAUUAUCAUUGCAAAGAUAUUUCGAAAAGCGAAAAGACAGAUUUAAGAGCAGGAAAAAAAUAGGACUACCUUCUGGUAGCUUGGAGAUGUAUGUGAACCAUCAAGCAAGGACACAACCCUCGAAUGGGCAAUCAAGCCGGAGUGGCACAAGCUCUCCACCCCAGCAUGGAUUGUCGCACACCCUGUGCAGCUCAGCUGACAACCAUACAAAGAAUUUCACUCCUUUUGUUGAUCUAAACAGUAAAGAUAUCCAAGAAAGUUGAAUCUGAAGACUGCUAAUGUAUCAUAUGGUGGAGGAAAUCGAGUGGAGGGCUAUCUCCAUUGAAAAUCACCAAAACCAAACUUGAGGAAAAAGGAACGGUGGAACCAAUAGAAGUUGAUUCAACAUGCCCUCCCUGUUGCAUGAUUUAGGCUGCCCUGCAAUUGAAAUUUUCUACUGACUGGAUCCUUUCUUGGAGAUCCCUCUGAGAUAAUACCCUUUUGGAAUGGUGUGAGUUCCAUACUCAUCUGACCAAUUUUGUAACUUUAAGAAUCAUUUUGACAUCCUCGCGGGUCAUCUUUGUCUAUGAGGCGAAAGCAAGGUUUCUAGCUGAUGUAUUGCCUCUUGGUGCAUCUUGUCAUGUGCAGAUGUGUAUGCUACCUAUCUCUAUGCCAACAGUUAAUUAUACAUGUUACUAUUUGCUCUCA